AUGUUUAAAAAUCAUAUAAACCAAGAGAACUACUGUUAUUAUUGGAGAGAGUGUGAAAAAUAUUUUGAUUGUGAUAAUAUGAAUUGUUUAGAUGAUGAGGAUUAUUCAGAUGCAGCAAUUCAUAAAUUUCUUAAUAAAUUGGGAAAUGAAGAUCUUAGUAAUAUGUUUAAAGAAAAAGGACCUUGUUCGAAAUUCACAUUACGAGAAGGCAGUGAUCAUUACAAAGAGACAGAUUAA